AGUCCCUUUCAUUAUUGUUAAAUGUUAAAUUAAUGGAUGAUUAUUGUCAUAUGUUAAGUAGUUGGUUUGUACAAUAAUGUAUGAAUCAUACACAUUAAUCUAAGAUAAGAUAAAACAAGAUAACAUUAUUGAGGAUAGCGCACAGUUCUUCAAAUCACACCUGGUUUUCUUCAGAGGCGCCGCUAGAGGGCAGGCUGCUCCGAGGCGGAACCGGAAGUCAGAGCGGACAUACAUUUUAAGAUUCCCCGAAGAAGAGGUCGGAUACAAAUAUCCAUGGGACAGAAGGCAUCAACACACGUCUAUCUUUUCAAUUGAAAAAUACGUUUUGUGUGUGUGUGUGUGUGUGUGUUUGUGUGUUGACACCAUGCCCGUUAUCUGUGCUGCUAUAGGAUGCAACAAUAAGUUUGUGAAAGGGUCGGAAAUCCGAUUUUACAGAUUCCCUCUCAGCAAACCUCAGCUCGCCAGCAAAUGGGUCCACAGCCUGGGGAUGAAGAACUUCGUCCCCACCGCCAACACCUGCCUCUGCUCGGAGCACUUCAGGGCCGGCUGCUUCAGGGACUACAACGGCAAACAGUUCCUGAGGGAGGACGCCGUGCCCACCAUCUUCAGCCAGGGGCAGGAUUCAUCCAAGAUUGAACUUCGCAAACGGGGGGUGAUCCCGAAGGAGGCGAGUGUGCUGAACCCAGCGGCAACGCAAGCGGACCGAGACAAAGCCCGAGAGGCCGUGAGUCUCCGCAGAGACAAGAGAGGAGGCCCCAGGGGUGGACGAGGCGGACGAGGAGGAAAGCAACUGAGCGACAGGCCGAGCGCCGGGGGGGCCAAGAGCAAAGUGUACGACAGCAAGGGCCGCCUGCUCUCCAACAGCAGGGACAUGUGCGACUGCCUGGACGUGGACUGCCUGGGCUGCUUCUACCCCUGCAGCGACUGCGGCUCGCGCAAGUGCGGCGUGGAGUGCCGCUGCGACAGGAAGUGGCUCUACGAGCAGGUGGAGGUGGAGGGCGGAGAGAUCAUCCGCAACAAGUUCGCCGUCUGAAGGGAGCGGUUUCCGCCGGGGGGUUGGAGGAAUCUUCCCGAAAGGGUCCGUGAUGCGACAUCGGGGGGGGUUUAGGGGGGAGUUCUGCCUGUGGUGGAAAUGCUGCUGGGCUGUAUUUUAGAAAGCGUUCCUCGUGAGUCUCCUCUCAAUGUCUGGGACACGAACUCGCUGCGCGUGGUCACCGUGCGCCGGUUAUUGGUGUCCCUGGAGACACCCCCACUGAGUUUUUAACGCUUCAAUCAUCACCAGAAGUAAAAAAAAAAAACGUAUUUGAAAUCAUAAUACUUAAUUAAUAGACAACUGAAAUCCGGAUGUAGAGACCAUGUACUCUGAAUUAAAAUGGAUUUAACCUCGUGACUUGUAUGGAAAUGACUAAAGGAGCAAUAUGUUCAAGAAUAAUCUGCAUUGUUUGAUAACUGAGCCUCGUAUUUUUUAUGUUUUUGUGUAUUCAAUAAAACUGAAAAUAUGUGAA